UUCUGAAAAUUGGCCAACGCGGAUGCUCCAAGGGAACCUCGCUUUCGGUUGCAAAAAGAGUGUACACACUGUAGUUGCAUUUGCAAUAUCGCGCAUAGUUUUGAAUUCGCCGACUCCGAGAGCUAAUCGUCACGUGCGUUAUCAACGGCUACGGUAACUGCGGUGGUGCGUAUGCGACAACUCCUCACACGCGUCCGAGGGCAAUUUAGCGAAAGACAACGAUGGACAAAUUCUUCAAAACUUUGAGUCGCAAAAAACCGAACAACGACGACGGCAGCCACUCGAAGUUGGCUCGUGUUCUAACGCUACUGGAUCUAACCGGUCUCGGUGUCGGUAGUACCCUUGGCCUGGGAGCAUACGUUCUGGCCGGUUCGGUAGCCUACGAGCAAGCCGGUCCUGGAGUUGUGGUGUCGUUUGUCAUAGCAGCACUGGCAGCUGCAAUCGCUGGACUGUGCUAUGCGGAGUUUGCUUCUCGCGUUCCGAAAGCCGGAUCAGCGUACAUCUACACCUACAUUACGAUCGGAGAGUUUGCCGCUUUCACCAUUGGCUGGAAUCUGAUGCUGGAGUAUAUUAUUGGAACCGCAAGCGUAGCCCGUGGACUCAGUGGUUACAUAGAUGCGUUAAUCGAUUAUCGAAUGGCGAAUACGUUGCGAAGUGUGAUGGAGAUUCGUGUGAGCUUCCUAGGAAGUUAUCCGGAUAUAUUUUCAUUCUUGGUUGUGCUGACCAUAACUGCGUUACUAGCGUACGGAGUUAAGGAAUCGACCGUGUUGAAUAAUAUUUUUACGGCAGUUAACUUGAUAGUGAUCGUAGUUGUGUUGAUCUCGGUAGGAACUAAAGCGGAUGUGGCGAACUGGAACAUCAAACGAGAGGAUAUACCUCCAGAAAUAAACGCAGGAACGGGAGGAUUUUUACCCUACGGGAUAGCUGGAGUAAUGGCAGGUGCUGCCAAAUGCUUUUACGGGUACGUUGGUUUCGACUGUAUUGCUACUACCGGUGAAGAGGCUCGGGAUCCUUCGAAGAACAUCCCUCUUGCAAUUGUGUUCUCAUUAUUCAUUAUCUUCUUGUCAUACUUUGGAGUAGCUACAGUACUUACUAUGGCGUUGCCAUACUAUCUGCAAGAUCCGGUGGCACCCUUCCCGAAUCUCUUCGAUUGGCUCGGAUGGCAGGAGAUAAAGUGGAUCGUAUCGAUAGGAGCCAUCUUUUCGCUGUGUACCAACUCACUAGGAGCUAUGUUUCCACUACCUCGUGUUCUGUACGCCAUGUCAUCUGAUGGGAUACUUUUCAAAAGAUUACGCAAGGUUAACCCGAACACGAAGACCCCCGUGUUUGCAACGAUCAUUUCCGGUCUGGUUGCGGGAACGAUGGCACUACUGUUCGAUCUACAUCAAUUGAUCGAUAUGAUGUCUAUCGGAACUCUGCUGGCCUACACGAUUGUCGCCGUAAGUGUCACGGUUUUGCGGUAUGACAAAAACACCAGCUUCCAGCCUGCAAUGUUGGAACAAGACAAGAAACUCAUCGUGAAGCAGCUGUUUAAUCUGAAUAUUGCCAAAACUCCCAACUCACUAUCAUCGACAAUAGUAAAGAUAAGCCUUCUUCUAUACGCUGUCGCCAUUUGCGGAGUCUGUGGUCUGUUGGUCCAUGCCCAAAACUACCUUUCCUCACAGUAUCCCCUUGUUUUAGUGAUUCUAACGAUACUUGUCAUGUCAAUGCUGAUCCUCUAUCUCGUGAUCGCCUGUCAACCGACAGAGGAAGCCAAGUUAACCUUCAAGGUGCCGUUUGUUCCCUUCGUGCCAAUGUUAAGUAUGUUCGUCAACAUCUACUUGAUGUUUCAACUGGAUGCAGCCACCUGGAUCAGCUUCUCUUUGUGGCUAUUGGUAGGAUUUGUCAUUUACUUUAGCUACGGAAUUCGGCACUCCGUACUCGGCACGCGAGGACAGACACUUUCCGAAAGCCAACUGGAAAAUCCCUUCGCCGUGGUCGGUAUCGAAAAAGUGUAGUUAUUGGUGUGUUUGUGUAUGUGUACGAUAUGCACUCUAGUCAAUUUUCAUUCCGGGCUUUGGAUAGUUUUAGGGCUAGCAUUGAAAGUGCAACUUUUUGUUACUAUAUUUUUUAGCGAAAAUGUAAAGUUCAAUACACUUUCAAAUAUUUAUUAGAUGUGAUAAUGGUACAGAAUGAACCACAUGCAGUAUAGUGAUAUAAAUCGUCCUUGCUAAUGGUGCUGAUAGUACUUCCCUGUAAAGCGGCUGAGUGAUGAAACAUUUUGCACGCAAAAUAACAAAAAUAUGACAAUAAAGACACACAAAUGAUAGUA